AUGAAUACCUUCAUCCCCAAGCUCACCGUCCUCCUAACCCUUCUCCUCCUCCUACACUCCGCCGCCACACCAGAAAACCCCUCCAACACCACCACCACCACCACCUACGGGUCGUGGCUAAGGGAAAUAACAAUCAAGAAUCCCCGACGGACGGGCUGCCGCCGGAGGCCGUGGAUGUGCCGCCAGGAUGGCACCCCAAGUGUCCGGCGGUGCUGCUGCCAGAACCGCUGCGUGGAUGUGAAUUCCGACCCCAACAACUGCAGCCUUUGUGGGAUCCGCUGCCCCUUCACGUGGCAGUGCUGCAGGGGAUUAUGCUCCAACACUAACCUCAGCCCAUUCAACUGCGAGGGAUGCCGCCGGAGGUGCUUUUUCUCGAGGUUUUGCUUUUACGGGAUGUGUGGGUACGCCCAGCGACUGCCGCCAUUUCCGUUCCCGCCGAGGCCAAGGCCACCACACUACUUAAUGUUUUGGUGA